AUGUCCGCAAACCCUUCACAACUCCUAAUCCCUCUUCACGUAUCGUACAUCCAGAAACUAGGCGAUAGCAAAGAUGAACUAGCCUACCACCUCUCCGCCCACCUCCGCCUCAACGCGGUUUACUGGGGGUACACGGCGCUAGCUAUAAUGAACCACCCAGACGCGUUGGAUAGGGAGGAGAUGAUCGAUUUCGUGAUGAGUUGUUGGGAUGAAGAGGCAGGAGCUUUCGGUGCCCACCCAGACCACGACGCGCACCUCCUCUCAACACUCAGCGCCAUCCAAAUCUUAACCGCCCAAGACGCGAUAGACAAGGUCGACGUCGACCGCGUUGUCAGCUUCAUCCUCUCCUUGCACCAACCAUCCGGCGUCUUCGCAGGGGACCAAUUCGGGGAGAUCGACACCCGGUUCCUGUAUUGCGCCGUGAGCGCCCUAUCCCUCCUCGGUCGACUACACGAGCUAGAUAAAGACGGGAAGAGGGAAAAGACGGUGGAGUAUAUCUUAAGGUGUAGGAAUUAUGAUGGUGGGUUUGGGAGUUGUGUGGGGGCGGAGAGUCAUGCUGCGCAAGUGUUCGUAUGCGUAGCGGCGCUUGCUAUUCUUGAUAGGAUGGACUGCGUGGAUGUUGAUACGCUUGCGUUUUGGUUAUCUGAACGGCAGUUGCCCAAUGGGGGGUUGAAUGGAAGGCCAGAAAAGUUGGAGGAUGUGUGCUAUAGCUUCUGGGUCCUCUCCGCCCUUUCGAUAUUGCGCAAAGUGCACUGGAUCGACGUGGAUAAGUUGACUGCGUUCAUACUCUCCGCCCAGGACACAGAGAACGGGGGUAUAGCAGACCGCCCUGGAGAUAUGGUAGACGUCUUUCAUACAUUGUUUGGUGUUGCAGGACUCUCCAUUCUCGGAUACCCCGGUCUAGCGGACUUGGAUCCUGUAUACUGCAUGCCAGCAAAGCUGAUCGAGGCAAAGGGAUUGCGGAAAUCAUGGGAGGCGCUUCCGCGUCGGGAGGCAUCAUACAUCUAAGUGGUCAAACUCAGUAAAAACGAAAGUCAGGUCAAGUCAUCUACCUCUCACAAGAAGGUCAUGUGAAGUCACGUUGGUAAAUGCAAAGUCAUGUGGCGCUCAGUUAUGUAUCUGCAAAGUUUUCACGGCCUAACUGAAGUCGAGGAAUAGUCAGUUACAAGUCAUGUUGUAGUCUAAUCCUCGUCAUCCGAAUUACUAUCAUUUGUAUCGCCUU